AGAGAGAGCGAGAGAUUAUAUAAAAGCGGCUUUGGGAACGCUGGUGAGCCGAGGUGACCGGAGCGAGCCAGGACGGCCAUAACCUGAGAAAGUGAUCACAGCAGUCGUUGGAGAUCCACUACUGAAGGGAUCAUCCUGGAGUCAGUGACCACAAAGAGGGAUAUUAAAUCCCUCGAUGCUGUGACGCAUCCAUUGUUCCAGCAGCACUGUUGGACUGUGCGCCAACGAAAGACCGAGACUAAAUGUCUGCGACGUUGCCAAAGCUGCAGCCCCUGCCGAGAUUAUGAAGUUGUAAGUAGGUUAGUAGAUCUGUCAUUCUCCCACCUAAUCCAUGAAAUGGCCCUCCUCUUUGAUGCGAGAGUGUAACCGGAGCAGCCAUGGCGGUGCUGCUCUUCAGACUGCGCUGCCCCUUGAAGCAGGCUCAGAUGCUGCUGCUGUGCCUAGGCAUCGCCUAUCUCAUGGCAGGCAGCAUCCUGCUCAUGCAACGCUCCAACAUCCGAGUAGCCCAGCCAAGCCUCCUCGUGUUUCCUCCCUUGCUGUCACUCGCGGCACCCCCGACCACCCUUGGGACUACAAGCACAGGUGUGAGGGUGCGCUCCAGAUGGGCUGCAGUACAAUCUGCAUCUGGUGCUGGUGCCAAGUCAGCACAGCACUGGCCUGCCUCCCGAAGCCUGGGAGUCCAACAACUGCACCGCCGCUGGUUUCACGGUGUAUUGCCCGAGAGUCCAGAGCCCGCUCCAAAGAAGACCACCCAGAAAGGAACCUACAUUGGCUGUUUCCUGCACAACACCAGUGAGCGAGCCCUUGGGGGAAUUAUGCUCUACGACCUGCGGAAAAUGACCAGCUCUCUGUGUCAAGACACCUGCUCCGAAAGUGGGUACCAGUUUGCAGGGUUGGAGUAUGGCGCUGAUUGUCACUGUGGGAACAGGAUCAAUAGCCCACAGGUUGCCGCGGAGGAUUGUAAUCUGGCAUGCCGGGGAGAGAGGGGGUCUCCUUGCGGCGGGGUGGGACGUCUCUCCAUUUAUAAGGUGCAGGAGCAGAUGCCUGGUCACCGAAAAUUCAGGAAUGCUCACCAGCGAGGCUGCUUCAAAUUGGUGAACAACACGAUCAACACCUUCCCUAUUCAUUCAUUUCAGACCAAUCUAACAACACAGUCCUGCAUCGAGACUUGCACCGACAAGGAGCUUCCGCUUGCUGUGUUCAAGAAGCCACAUUGUUUCUGUACUUGGACAUCCUCCCUCUUCAGUCUGGACCGGCAGUCUGCUAGACAUCAAUGUGCAGAAACCACUGGUCUGAACACCAUCAGCAACUCCACACUUACAACACCUACUGAGCGGGACUACUAUCAGGUCUAUCACACACCUUUACUUGACUCCAGGUGCAAGGAGAGGAUGUUUCUACCACAGAGAUCCAGCUCUCUUGUGGCUCUCUCCAGUUUUCCAGGUGCCGGCAACACUUGGGUCCGACACCUGAUCGAGCUCAUGACAGGCUACUACACUGGCAGCUUCUAUUUUGAUGGCACCUUGUACAGCAGAGGUUUCAAAGGCGAGAAGGACUUCUGGAGGAGUGGUCGCAGCAUUUGUGUAAAGACUCAUGAGAGCGGGAAGAAAGAGAUGGAGAUGUUCGACUCGGCCAUCCUGCUGAUUCGGAACCCUUAUCGCUCCCUAAUGGCUGAAUUCAACCGCAAGUGUGCUGGACAUUUAGGACAUGCAUCAGAUACCCAGUGGAAAAGCAAAGAAUGGCCAGAAUUUGUCUACAGCUAUGCCCCCUGGUGGUCAUCCCAUGCAUUGAGUUGGCUGAAGUUUGGACGUCGCCUCCACGUGGUCCAUUAUGAGGAGCUACAAAAGGAUCUCGUCCCUCGGCUGAGGCUCAUCACCGCUUUCCUGAAUGUCACUGCAACUGAGGAGAGACUGAUCUGUGCGCAGAGCAACCAGGAUGGCUACUUUAAAAGGCCAGGCGCCCAGCAGCCGUCCUUUGACCCAUUUACACCUCACAUGAGGCAAAUGAUCGACACGUUCAUUCAAAAUGUCGACAGAGCACUCCAGAGCAGGAAUUUUAGUGGACUCCCAAGAGAAUACCUAACCAGAUGAUGGCAUGGAAAACAACUCCAUCUCGUCAACAGGACAGCAAAAACACACAAACUGGUCAAAGUAAGUGGACCAACUGCUUCUACGUCAGCCCAGAUGCACUUUGAAUGGAACCACACCGGAGAUUAGAGCAGAAAACAAAUCAUUGUGCCAUCGUACAGUGAACACAGAAGACUGUGAUGAAAGCCUCCGGGCUGGACCUAUUUCUCUGUGAACAGCAAAUAUGAUGAACACUAAAAGAGGAUUUGACAAGAUGUGUGGCAGCAGAAGUAGGAUUUCCGUGCAAAGUGUCUAUAACUGCGCACCACAUGACAGUUGAAUUGAUUGAUGAACACGUUGUUUUAUUUUCCCCUCAACCUUUCUGUUUUUCUUUAAGUUGACGCCCAGGUUAAUUUCCUGUUGUGCUAACACAGAGGAUAGCAAGAAAAGGCAGAUUAUACAGAUUUGCAAAUCUGACGGAUAAAAGCCUCAAAGUUAUUACAUGCUGCAGACUCUUCAUCAAAUGACUGUAUUGUGCCAUUUCCUCUUUUCAUUAAAUACAUUGGCAUUGCAUUCUACGAGAUGUUGAAGUUCCGUAAAAUAUGUUUUUUUUUUUUUUUU